AGGUUCAAUCCAACCAAGUUCUCCCUCGCGGAGCGGCCCGGUCGAAGACGUUGUUAUCUACGUCAGUGCUGGGAGGGGAGGCAAACAAUUACACUUUCUGUUCUUUUCGGGCGCCCCAAACUCGGGGUGGGACCGUCUGGUAAAAACCGGUAUCUGACGAGAGGCGGGCUCGCCCCAAAUGUGUAAAUUAGGCGUCUCGCAGUCAGUUCCGAACCGUCAUGGCGCAAAGGUUGAUGAACGGUGCUCAGCUAUGGGCGAUCUGCGCGGUGAUUUGUGUGAUCUACGGCGGUGUGAAAGCAGCUGAUCGAGUCACUGGCACGAUCAGGUUUCUGAUGUUCGACAGAGGUUCGAACCAGCUGGUCAACGUUCCGGACAGCAAUGCAGACUUCGCCAAAAGCAGUUGCAAGCCUAGUGAACAGUUUGCGAUCAUCGUGCACGGGUGGCGCGAAGGAACCGACUCGGAGUGGGUCGGCGACAUGGUGUCCAACUUUACCGUGCACCGGACGGGAUGUGUGAUGGUGAUGCAUUACGCCAACAACAGCCACACGAUCGAUUACUUCAACGAGUUGCUGCCUCAUUUUGACAAAUUAGCCAACGUGUUGGCCGCUCACCUGCGAAGGAUGGAGUCGAUCGGCUUUGAUCCGGCCAAGGGUCACAUCUUUGGGUUCAGCAUGGGCGCCCAUCUCGCGCUGGAAGGUUCCCGCAGGUUCGGACUUCAGAAAAUCAACAGAAUCGACGCGUGUGAUCCGGCAGGGCCCGGCUUCGACAACGUGCCGGAGCACAUGCUGCUGGAUCCGAAGCAGGCCGCCCGGCAGGUCCAGUGCAUCCACACGAGUGCCAACUUUGGGACGAGAAGGCGCGACUGUCACAUCAGCUGGAACAUGGGCAACUGCGGCCGGGACCAGGUGGCGGCCCGGCCGUUUCCCAAGGGGUCGCACGGGCUGUGUCCGUACUUUUACAACAGUGCGUUCGUGCAUCGGUUCCAUCCGGUGGCCAAGCCGAGGCAGUGCGUGUCCCAGCGAUUGGCGCACGGGUGGCCGCGGGAGCUGAGGAUGGGGUACCACUGCGAUAUGGACAGUGGAGUAUCUGGAGAACUGUUUUCGUUGACGACCCGGAACUUCCCUUUCACUGAUGAACAGGUGUUUGAUGGAACGAUUCCAUGAGUGAGUUUAGUUCUGUGUGUUGAAUAUUAUUUCAAUGGAA